CGCUGUUUCGCGUCCAUGUGGCUUUGCUGCUGCUGCUGCUGGUUGUUGUUGGUGGUUGUUGGUUGUUGUGGUGGUCGUGGUAAGGACGUGAGCAGGGAACAGUCGCCCCGGGUUUGUCGUCGCGACUGAAGGCGACUGCCGUCUAUCCCCAGUCUCGCACAACUUUGCACAGCGCUCGCAAGCGCUGCGACUCGAGACCAGGGCCUUGCUGGGGCGGGCUCCCUCUCCCUACCCCCGCUGCUUGCCUGAGUUCCCUGCCGGCCGCGAGGCGGCGCGCCACCCGCCCGGUGCCCCCCCCCCCCCCCACCAUGGAGCUGCUGCCGCGGAGCCACCGCGACUUCAGCAGCGCGCGCUACUGGGAGAGGUUCUUCGAGCGGCGCGGGGACGACGCCUUCGAGUGGUACGGCUCCUACGAGGAGCUGGCGGGGCUGCUGCGACGCUACGUGAAGCCCAGCGACCAGGUGCUGGUGGUUGGCUGCGGGAACUCGGAGCUGAGCGAGCGAGUGCAUGACGCCGGCGUGGCCAAGAGUGUGGUGAGCGUGGACGUGAGCGAGACGGCCAUCAGGGUGAUGCGCGAGCGGCGACCCGACCUCGACUUCCGAGUCAUGGAUGUCACCGCCAUGGACUUUGACGACGGCUCCUUCCAGGUGGUGCUGGACAAGGGCACCCUGGACGCACUCAUGCCAGACUCAUCUCCUCCCACGCUCCUCACCGUGACGCGCAUGUUCUCUGAGAUCUCCCGCGUGCUACAGUUCGGAGGGCGGUACCUGUGUGUGUCGCUGGCCCAGGAGCACAUCCUGCGCAUGCUGGUAGAGCACUUCAGCACCGUCGAGGGCUGGCCGGUACGCGUGCACGUGCUGCCACAGGCCCCCGCCGGCCCUGCCGGCUCCACCGAGCACACCGGGCCCAGCAUGCCGGUCUUUCUCGUGGUGCUCACACGCUUCCACAGGCUGCCCGGUCCAGCGCAGCCACCCAUCUUGGAGCUCUGCCUGGACAGCCAAGGUGGUGGCAAGCCCACACGGCUGGAGAGCUCGGAGUGGCUGCUAAGUGCUGUGCAGGACCACCAGCUCUUGGCCAUUGUGAGGAGUCGGCUGCAGCGUCCGGGGGGUGCUGGGGAGGACUGCUCACUCGACCUCCUGGCACCUGGGGCAAGCUCCCCACGUUAUUCGCUCCACGUGGUGGACCGCCGGCCCUCACCGCCCGGGAAAGCCUUCGCCAUCUUCAUUGUGCCCCAGGGCCGUGAGAGCGAGUGGCUGUUCGGCUCCCGUGAGGGCCGGCGGCAGCUCGCGGCGUCGGCGGGGUUUGGCCGGCUGGUGGUGGCCACGUUGCACCGGGGCCAGGACUACGCGGGCGGCAUGGAGGCAGUGCAGGCCGAGCUUUCGGGCCCUGUCAUGCAGCUGGCGCCGCCGGGCCUCUCCUCCCGUCGCCAGCAGGUGCCAUUCUUGUCAGCCGGGGGCCCCGGGGCAGGGCUGGGUGAACGCGCGGUACGGCUGCAGGCGGCCGGGAUGGUGGUUGAGGACGUGACGGCCGAAGACGCGCGCCGCUACCGCCGCCUCCUCUUCCUCUCCAACCCCAACCUCAUCCAGUCUGAGGCCAGGCUCAUGCCCAGUGCUGCGCAUGUUUCCGCAGGCACUGCCUUGGCGACAAAGAAGAAGAACAAAAAGAAGAGUCCGGGACGGCGAGCAGAGCCGGGAGGAGCCGCAGCAGUGCGCACCGCGGACGGCACGGAGAUCGAUGCCGCCUUCCUCUCCUGCGAUCACCACCAGGCAAUGGUGGGCGGCCUCGCCCUGCUGCGCCUCGAGCCAGCCGCCGCGUUCCGCGUGCUACUGGUUGGCCUUGGCGGCGGCUCCCUGCCGCUCUUCUUGCACCGCCUCUUCCCGGCCUGCUCCCUCGUCGUCGUGGAGAUCGACCCGGCGGUGGUUGCCGUGGCGUCCGAGUGGUUCGGUUUCUGUGGCGACGAGCGCGCCCACGUGGUGGUCGGGGAUGGCGUUGCUCACAUCCGGGCCAUGGCCGCUCGCGUGUUACGCGUGUGCUGUGCAGGCGAGCCGGCACUGGACGCGGUGCUGUUUGAUGUGGACAGCAAGGAACCGGCGCUCGGCAUGAGCUGCCCCCCAGCGGCCUUCGUGGAGCCAGCGCUGCUCCGGGACGUGGGCUCCUUGAUCGGCCCGCACGGUCUCUUCAUGCUGAACCUGGUUUGCCGGGACCCGGCGCUCAAGCAGACCACGGUUUCCUCGCUCAAGGAUGCCUUCUCCUGGGUCUCCUAUGUCACGAUCCCCGAGGAGGUCAACGAGGUCUAUUAUUGCCGGGGCCCGAUGACGCUGCUGUCCGCCGCACCGUCACCGAACCCUGGGACGGCCGAUGGCGUCUCGGCCUGCUCCUCUGAGGGAGAGGCGGCGAGGAAAGGGGGGGUCACGGGGAGACGCGGGGGGGCCGCGGACGUGGACGUACAUGAGGCUGGGCAGCUGUCGGCGGAGCUGCAGGCUUGGCUGCAGAAGCGGGCCAAGAGCCACGAGCGUGAGCUGCGCCUCGCUGAGAUGCUGGGCUCUCUGCAGCUCGCGUGACCCCCCUGCCGCUUGUGGACUGCUUUACUGUGGAACCUGAUGCGUGCUGCGUGCCAUGGGCACGACCCCCCCCUCCACCCCCCCGUACACCUCCCUUGAACUUGACUCUUUUUAAAGCCACCUCCUGUCUCUCCUCAAGACUCGGUGGUGAUGAUGCCCUCCUGUGGACCAGGCCAGAUAUUCUACAUCAGCGAAUGUAAGGCAACACAGACCCCCCGAAUAGCCUUAACAGACUCUUGGGGCAACUGCUGUUAAUGAGCACCUAUGAAAGCUGGCACUGCGAACGAUGGGGGUGGGGGGGGUGGUUAGCCAACAGCACGCCAGACUGCUUUUGUCUCUAGUGGUAAUGUUUACACCUCACCAGGUGCUGAUUUGAGGUUAAGUCGACCUAUAGGAGGCCCAGGACUAGUUCAAAUAAUUGUCACUGGUGUUGGCCGUCAGUGGGAUUGGAACUCGGGUCACCAGGUUCAUAGCGGGUAAUACACACAUAGAUUGUCUGCUACUGUUUGUUUUGUGGAAAUAUACACAACUAGGGUCAUUCACCAAUCAUUCAUUCUGAAAACGUCUACCAAAAUUUCAACUGACCCAAGAUUCGAGAAUGAAAAAAAAAUUGCUGGGUGGUGUAGGGUUUAAGUCAUUUGGCCGGUGAAAGGGUUGAGAGAGUCUGGUUUGUAGCGCAUUUAGUGUGGCCUCUUGGGAGGAGGGGUGUAUGUGUGUCGGCGUGUGCGCUGUACAGCGGAGUGUGUGGAGGUUUGUGCUCUCGGUGGAGUGUGUGUGCACUGCACGGAGGAGUGUGUGGAUGUCUGCUCUGCGUGGAGGAGUGUGGAUGUGUGUGAUCUGGUUGUAGGAGUGUACUGUGUUGGCCGUUAUAGGUGCUCACGAACAGCACUUGCCCCAACAGCCUGUUAAGGCUAUACGGGGGGGAUCUUUGUAUUUGUUUUGUCUGGUUGUAGGAGUGUGUGGAUGUGUGUGCGCGUUGUACGGAGGAGUAUGUGUGGAAGUGUGUGUGGAUGUGUGCUGUGUGCAGGUGUGUGGAUGUGCGAGUGCGCUGCUUGCACGUCCUUGGUUGAUAUUGCAACCAACCAUUGCGUGAUCGUGUCUUUCAAGGAAAACCUCAGCUUUGCCAAGCCGCUGAUGUUGAACAAGUCGAGACAUCUUUGGCAGUACUUCCUAUGUGUCUGUUUGGCUACAUCAUAUUUCAGUGUAUGCUGUUUUGUGGCAUAUGUGAUGAAAUGUAGCACCAGUGUAAAUAAAUGAAACACCUCGGACCUGUGUAUUGUGUUGCCUGAAAAUGGACAAAUCUGCAGAAAAUAUGGCCGUUACAAAGACUCGAGACGUUUUCAGGGGGUUUGUCGAGUUUUCACAGUAGGGGGCGGCGUUGCGAUGUGUAAUUUAGUAUUUUUUCAGCAUUGGGAUGUUUAGCCAGUUUGUUGUUUUACCUAUGAAAGAAAACCCAUGUAGAUUCCACACAGAGGCACCGGAGUCGAAAUUGAACAGCUCCUCCAUGCUAAGGCACGAACACCACCACUGUGCCACCAUCCUGCCGCCCAAACGGUUAACUUGUAUUGAAUUGUUUUUUUCUGCAAAGAUCUGCAGGAGUGUUUUGACACCAUGACGUGCCUGCAUGUAGAACUUUCGCACCGUACGUAGCCAAUCAUGCUAAUCGAGAGGUGCGGGGCUGGACAACAAAACGGAUAAAGCAGUUUAAAAAAAAUUAGUUUUAAUCGAGAUUUGAAAGUGCCUGAUGGUUUCACGUAGCUCUCGAAGGGUGAAUAUUUGCGGUUUGCCAAAUGUCGACUAUCAGGUUCUUGCUGCUUUAUUGUCGCCUUUACUUUUCACGACUCCAUUUGUUUUCACUUUUCAUUUGUUCUUUUAAGAAAAUACAUCCGUUGUGCGCGAGUUCUCCGUUUCUGUGUAUUCUCUUUAAUUCUGUGUAGCAGUGUGCCUUCAAUGGUUUGCAAUUUCUUCUUUUGACAUGUUUC